UUAGUUUUUCAUUUUCUUUAAAAGAAAUUCUAAGAAAACUAUGUGGUACAGUGGUAGUGCAAUUAACUGAUAUAAAAGUUUUCUUGCAGCAAAACCAAUAGUCAAAGCUUCCAACCAUUCAACAACAAUGGCGUCCGCUUCUCUAGCUUUUCCGUCCUUGCAACCAAAAUUUCAAUCACCCAGAAGAUCAUCACCAAGGCCUUCCACGCGUCGGAUCAUACCCUGUACGAUCUCUGCGUCGGUGUCUGAAACGCCGCCUGUGUCGGUCCAACCGGUUGUGCCGCCUGAACCCACCAAGCUCCCGAUCCGGAAAGUCCCCGGAGGCUAUGGCUUACCUUUUAUCGGUCCAAUCAUCGACCGGCUUGACUACUUUUACAAGCAGGGUCGUGAAGAGUUCUUCAAAUCACGCAUCCAAAAGUACCAGUCAACGGUGUUCAGAGUCAACAUGCCACCUGGCCCUUUCAUAGCGUCUGACUCGCGGGUGGUCGUUUUACUCGACGGCAAGAGCUUUCCGGUGCUCUUCGACGUCACGAAGGUCGAAAAGAAAGACGUUUUCACGGGGACUUACAUGCCAUCCACGGAACUCACCGGAGGUUACCGAGUCUUGUCGUAUCUCGACCCGUCGGAGCCGAGCCACGGCAAGCUCAAGCGGCUCCUGUUCUUCCUCCUCAAGUCCCGUAGAGACCACGUCAUACCGGAGUUCCAUUCCAGCUACGCCGAGCUCUUCGGGGGCCUCGAGAACGAGCUCGCAACCAAAGGAAAAGCCGCUUUCGGAGACGCCAGCGAUCAAGCCGCUUUCAACUUCCUGGCUCGCGCACUCUACGGCGCGAACCCGGCUGAGACCAAGCUGGGGCUCAACGGGCCAAAGCUGGUCCAAAAAUGGGUCCUCUUCCAGCUGGCACCUCUGCUCGCCCUCGGCCUCCCCGUGGCUCUCGAGGAGCUCCUCAUCCACACCGUCCGUCUCCCUUCAUUUCUGAUCAAAGCCGAUUACAAGAUUCUCUACGACUUCUUCUACGAGUCAUCUGGGUUCGUCCUCGACGAGGCGGAGAGAUUAGGUGUCUCCAGAGACGAAGCUUGCCACAACCUCCUCUUCGCCACUUGCUUCAACUCCUUCGGAGGCAUGAAGUUCUUCUUCCCCAGCAUGAUCAAGCUCAUCGGCCGCGCAGGGGUCAAGCUCCACACCCAGCUGGCGCAGGAGAUCCGAUCGGUCAUCAGAUCCAACGGCGGAAAAGUCACGAUGGCCGCCAUGGAACAGAUGCCUCUGAUGAAGUCCGUCGUGUACGAGUCGCUCCGGAUAGAACCGCCGGUGGCGCUCCAAUACGGGAGAGCCAAGCGCGACCUCAUCAUCGAGAGCCACGACGCAGCUUUCAAAGUAAAGGAAGGCGAAAUGAUAUUUGGGUAUCAACCAUUCGCCACCAAGGACCCCAAAAUAUUCGACAGAGCCGAAGAGUUCGUGCCGGACCGGUUUGUCGGAGACGGCGAGAGAUUGCUCAGCCACGUGUUGUGGUCCAAUGGGCCAGAGACCGAGGCAUCAACGGUCGAGAAUAAACAGUGUGCCGGGAAGGAUUUCGUGGUUUUGGUGUCCAGGCUUCUUGUCGUGGAGCUGUUCCUCCGAUAUGAUUCCUUCGAGAUCGAGAUCGGUACGUCGGCGUUGGGGGCCUCCAUUACCCUAACGUCUCUCCAAAGAGCCACGUUUUGAUUGUUGUGAUUACUUUCCUGAAACUUUUUUAAUUUUUGACAAUAAUUUUGUUUUUUUACAAGAAAUAAUAGUCUUAUUGC